CCCUAAAACCCGGCGCCGCUACGCAAAAGCCCGCGAGGGUUUCCACCGCCACCUCUCUCCCCGCCGCGCUCCGCUCGCCGUCGCGCCGUUCCCCUCGUUCCAACUCGAAAAGCCUCCCUCGCGGACCUCUCGCAUCCGGAGGGCGGCGGCGAAGAAUCCCGUCCUGCCCCUUCUCGGAGCAUGGCCACCGCAACGGCGGCGGAGGACGCGCCGCCCGCGGGGAAGGGGGCGAAGGGAGAGCCCAACAGGAAGCGGAGCAACGAGCAGGGAGAGGGAGGAUCCCGCGGCGGCGGCGAGCAGAAGCGGAAGAAGAAGGAGGUCUUCAUCUACGGCAACUACAGGAACUAUUACGGCUACCGGAUUGAUCGCAAUGUUGGUGAAGACCCUCGCCUUGAGGCAUUCAACAAGCAGUGGUUUGAAAACAAGGAUUGUCUCGAUAUUGGAUGCAACCAGGGAUUGGUAACGAUUGGCUUAGCCAUGAAAUUCAAAUGUCGAAGAAUUCUUGGAGUUGAUAUUGAUUCAGGUUUGAUCGAGACUGCCAAAUGGAAUCUACGAAGGAUAACGCGGCAGGAUAAGGUGGCUACAAAAAAUGCUAAAGCUCAAGAAUCAUCAAAUUCUCCAUCUCAGAGCUCCCCAGGAGAAGUGGCAUCUGAAUUGUCAAAUGGGAAUGAACACCAUGACCUUUUUAAAAUUGUCUCUUUUCGACGUGAAAAUUUUGUAGAAAGUUUGGAUGGAUGUUCAGAACGAUAUGACACUAUACUUUGUUUAAGUGUGACAAAGUGGAUCCACCUGAACUGGGGCGAUGAAGGCCUAGUUACUUUAUUCGUGAAGAUCUGGAGGCUUCUAAAACCGGGUGGAGUUUUUAUCAUGGAGCCUCAACCUUGGACUUCAUACAAGAGAAACAGAUUGGUUUCGGAGGUUGCCAAAGAGAACUUCAACACCAUCUGCUUAUACCCAGAGAAAUUUCGGGAGAUACUUCUGGACAAGGUUGGAUUUAGGUCGGUAGAGUUGAUUAUGGACAAAUUGGUGGGUGCUGUCACUGGUUUCGACCGUCCAAUAGAAGUUUACCACAAAUGAUGAAACCAGAUAAAUGAUUGUGGCAUCCCUGCCCAAACGCACUGUGUCCUGACCAAAUGACUGGAGAUUUGGAAACGCUCACAAACUGAACUAGUCCAUCUACAAAGGCUUGCAUGUGUCUGUAUUUGCGAUUGUGGAAGGGGGCUAUUCAGAGUUCAACGGAUCAAGAUGGUAGUGUGGAAAUUUUGUGAGGGGAACUGUUCUUGUAUAUAUUGUAUAAUGGCUACCCUUUUCCCUUUAAAGUUAGAGAGAAAAAAAUCCUUCCAUGAAUAUCUUAUCUUGCCUGCUAUGAGCCUAUGACCAUUGUUUCCAUGAAUUUCAUAUUUUGACAGCUA